GGACGGUGAAAGCUGGCAUUUGCUCGUCAAGCUGGGGCCCUUCGCCACGUCUUCCACUUUAUGCGUGAGUUCCCAAAUGAUGCAUCUGCAUCUCAGCUGCCUAAAGGCUAAAGCCAUGUGGCGCUGACUCGGGGACUGCUGAAAUAUUAGCACUCCCGCAUUUUUUAAUAAGUUGCGCCCUUUGAUUUACUGGCGUCAGCCUUUACAAAUGUUUGCUGGUCAGGCGGGCUUUCGUGACAAGUCAGAACGCGUGAUUGACGAAAAGUACAUGUUUAGGGAGGCCCCUUUGCUUAGUCAGCAGCUACGUAGGGAGAGAGCUCAGUCUAGGCCAGAGCCAGAAAUUUCAGCGUUCACUCAAAAUCGAUUGAGCAGCAGCAGCAUCCGGCGACAGCAUCCGAGUUUCAGCGGUUUAUAAGCUUGGUCCUUUGAUUCACAAAUCGAGCUCAGUUCUUCACAAGCCGCUGCCUAACCCAAAGCUCGCCAGCUCUUUGCAGCUCAGCAGUAACAUGGCUCGCCGCGCCUUGCUCUCCGCCCUGUUCUGCACACUACUGCUUGUUGCAGCUUCUAGCACCAGGGCGCAGGUUCUCAGCAACGGCUCUCUGUCGGCCAAUGAGAGCGUGGCGCUCUUCCGGGAGGUGCAGAGUACUAAUGUCAACCUCCUUGGCUACAUCAUCUCAGGAAACAUCUCUGGAGCAGACCAGUUCCUUGAUCCCAGCGUCCAAUUCGUCGUCGCCAACAUAGCGGCUCCCUUGACGUUGCCUGCUAAUGACACUGUUGUGGCGAACACCUUUGCCUUAGUGGCACCAGAUCCAAACACAAACGUGACCUUUCAAGAACAAAUCUUCUUCAUCAUCGAUGAGAACAACACCGCUUAUGUGGAUGUUUUCAACACAGGAAAGCCCAACGAGAAUUACUUCCUGACUUCCGCAUGGCAAAAGCAGAACUCCACGUGGCGGAUGAAGUUCACAAGCAUCGCCCCCGCUUUCAACGGCACAGUGGUGACGCGAACCUUGCCUGAAAUAUUUGUGACGUCAAGCAACGUCACCACAAACGUCACAACUUCCGCAAAUGCCACACUGCCUGCAAACUUCACGCAGCCGGCGGUGGGCAAUGCUACAGAAAAGCUACAAGCGGCGCUGAGCAACAGCAGCAUCAGCCUCCAAAACAUCGCUGAGGAGUUUUUCGCCCCACAGUUUCAUCUAGUGGUGCCAGGGUUGUACGGCCCCAUUCCGUUCAAUCUGACCGUUCCCACUUUUUUAACCUUCUUCACCCUGCUGCGGGCUCGCAAUGCGACCGCUCCUCCUCCGACCGCUGUUGCUUACAGUCAACUAGGUCGCGAGGCUGCCAUCCUCACUGUCCUUGUGCCUGAAGUACCUAUGAUUGGCAAUGCAUACGUCGUCCUGCUCUGGCAGUACCUUGACAAAAGUGCGAAUAGCACUGUCAAUGCCGCCCCGGGUCCGAGGUGGCUUCUGGUCCUUGCUUCGGUUAACAUCGCCCCCUCUUCCCAGGCCUUGUAAACAGCAAGAAUCAUGAAAAAUGUAACGUAGCUAGAUUAAAGAAGUUCUGUGUGUCGAUUGUCUACACGGUUUGAGAUUCGAGUGAGUUGACUUGAUGUAAAGAGAUCUGCAAAAGCUAAGUAUAAUAUAACUUUACUCCUGCCUUUCUCAUACGUACAAAGGAUUGAGCGAACGAGCUAGUCUACCACCUCAGUGAGUUCUACGAGUAUGUAGGCAUGAUCAGCGGCCGGUAAAAUAUAGAAGGAAUGUGGCCCGCUUUCCUUGCGAGCUCUUGAAGGAAUUUGCAACGACUGGCCACGGGCCAGCUGGCCAG